UAGCUGUAUUUCAUAACUGGGUAACACAUCAUUUGGAUGCCGGAGGACAGUCAUUGGUGAGUCAAACUGUCUGCAAAAACGUCAGGAGAUUAUCGGCGCGCAGCUGGAAUGCAAGGUUGAUUCACAAAGAAGAGUGAGGAGGUAGAGAGACAACGCCGAAGACACCACAGUCGGAUCGAAUCACACCGCACAGCCAUGAAGGGGGAGCAUUUAUUUUCCAACCUGAAAAACGCCACAUUCUACCAGCGGGUCUACCUACUGGGGGGCGAGGAGCUGCUGGUACUGCAAAGCACUGUGGGGCAUCCCGCGCUGGGCGACAGCUUCCACCAGAUCACCGACUUUAACGACCUGCCCACCUCCCUUUUCGCCUGCAACGUGGACCAGUCUGUGUUUGAGGAUCAGGAGGGCAAGGAGAUGUUCGAGGCCCUGUUCCUGGCCUACGAUGAGCGGGUGACGUUUCAGCUGUUCAAGAGCUUCCGGCGUGUCCGCAUCAACUUCAGCAACCCCAAAGCAGCCGCCAGCGCCAGGAUAGAGCUGCACGAAACGCCCUUCAGAGGCAAGAAGCUCAAACUCUACUUUGCCCAGGUCCAGAACCCAGUAUCAGAUGGUGAUAACCUGCACCUGGCACCUCCCCAGCCCUCUAAACAGUUCCUCAUCUCCCCUCCCGGCUCACCGCCCAUUGGCUGGCAGCAGAUAGACGAGACCACGCCCGUCAUCAACUACGACCUGCUCUAUGCUGUGGCCAAGCUGGGCCCCGGAGAGAAGUUUGAGCUGCAUGCUGGAACAGAGUCCACCCCCAGUGUUGUUGUCCACGUCUGCGACAGCGACACCGAGGAAGUGGAAGAACCAAAGAAUUGCCCCAAACCAAAAAUCAUCCAGACCCGGCGCCCUGACCUUCCUACUUCUCACUGAACUCUGUCCCCCUGCCACUUCCUGCCGUAACAUCGUCAUCUGGAGGAAGGAGAAUCGAUCCCGUCUCUCUCUCACAGGAACAAUCCCCGUGUUCAGCACUCCCCACCCUACGGCUGCCUCGCCCAGGCCAGAAGGGGAGUGCUCUCUGUUACUCAUCCUCGUCGACAUACAGCCGUUGAUGUGCUACAUGUAUGAUUGUGUUGGCAAUACUCCAUACUUACAUCAAGAUUCAGCCACCGUACCCUCAGUGAUUGGUUCCUGUCUGUAUGAUUCUGUUGUUGUAAUGUCACACAGUUUGCAGUGAUGGGGUAGCACCUUGCUUUGAGCUCGGCCUCUGAUUGGCUUAGGGGUUGUGGCGAAUGCCAGUGUAAAGAAGCCCAUUGGUCGCCUUUAUAGACGUGUGUUAGCAUUGCUCUCGCUCCACUGCGUAUGUACCCCAAGCACUGACGAUGAAUAGCGCUUCUCUCAUUAGGGCAUGCUAGCUACUGAGGUGGUGGGAUGACUCUGGCGCUGCAUGAGUUGAAGUAACCUGAAGGAGCAUUAUGGUAAAUGGUCAAUACUUUGUCUUAUAGUCCCCUUAAAGUUGGGUUAUUCAUCGUGUUAUCAGUGCUGUCUGUCGACCAUGGGAAUUCUUUCAAUCUCGCCAAUGCAUGCACUGGUCUGAUCUAGUUUGUGUGUUUACUUUGUUCCGUUUCCUGUAUGUAGCUGUCAAUUUGACCUCUCUUCUCUCUUCGCUAACUUCUCUCUUUUAUCUCCCUGUGUUUUCUGGCUACCGGUGUCCUUCACACAAAACAAGGCUAAUAACAGUUACAAUCCAUGCACCUUACAGGGAAAGCAUUAUGUACAAUGACAUUUCUGUGAUUGUUCCUCAGUGUGAAUUGUUCUGUGUCCAUGUCUUGUCCCUGAAAGUCUGUUUAAAGAAAAAGGAGUAGUAAGAAAACAAAAGAAAAAACGGAAUGCCUGGUGGCCACCUUUUCCUCAUUGGCUGAAAUGGAGAGCCAAUCAUAUAUCAUCACGUGAAGCCAGUCUAUAAAGUGCAUGGUUACGUUUUUAUAGAGAUAUUGUGUUGUCUGAGAACCGUGGCUCAGUCAUGGGAUUUCCUCGUGUUUCCUUUAUGUGCCUCUGUAGGGAGCGAGAAAGAAACAUUUAUUCAAACUCACCACGAAGAAAAUAAAUGCAUGAUGACGAUCCUGAGAGGAAAAAAAUAAUGUUAUUAUAGAGUUAUGUUACACAAAUCUUCCAAGUGCUAUUACACAGUUUCUGUCGAGAUGGUCAAGGGGAAUUACAUACUGUACUCACACACACAA